AAAAUUUUUAUAUUAUUCUUACUGACACUAGCACAAGCCUAGUGGCGGCCAUAAAGGAAAUAAAUAAUAAACUACGGUUUUUUGUUAUGUACUGUAUAUGACUGUAUUAAACAGAUUCUGUGAUAUUUCGGCUAUAAUUAUGUCUCAAAAAACUCUUUGGAAGAACACUGAUGAAGGCAACUUGGAAGGGUACACUCUAAUAAUACCUAGUGUAGCCGUGGGGAACGUCGGCCAGCUGGCUUGUGACUUGUUAAUUUCGUCUUUGAGUAUGAAGAGGAUCUCUUCCAUCUAUAGUCCCGCGCUAAUUCCCGUCUUAGGAUAUGACCCAUAUGAUCUACUUUCUAACAACCUAUCAAGUUGUUGUGAAGUAUAUAAAUGCGCGGCGAAGAAUGUAGCUGUAAUGCAAGUGCGAGCCCCGCUGGUAUACAAAUACGCGCGUGAGUUCCUGGAGGACCUUAUAGUGUCAUAUAAAGGUCAAGGCAUAAGGGAUGUCAUUAUCUUAACCAGCAGUUUCGCUCACGAAAGGAAAUACAUCCAGACAAGCCCAUUCAGAUAUUUAGCUAGUGAAUUAAGUAUUUACAAAAACAAGUUGCUAUCAAAGAAUUGGUUAGAACAUGAAUUAAUUGAUGGAGGAGUUAAAAUUUUUGGUGGAGGAUUUGCAUCACUGCUGUUUGAGGUGUGCAAAGAAAAUGCAAUGCCUUGUUUAAUUCUAUACAAAUACUGCUCAGAGGGUGACAACAUACCUGAUGCAUAUGACAUGGUGAACAGCUUAACAGAUGUGGUACCACUGUUUAGUGAAAAAAAAGAUUUCCUGGAUCAAUUAGUUAAGCCCGUGUCAUGGAAGCUUUUGUUUGGACGACCAGCACCAAGUGAUAUUUACUGAAAGUUGUAAUUUUGUAAUAUUAUAUUAUUAAUGGGUUUAUACCUAAAUAAAUAAACAUUUAUAUUUAUGUUAAUAGGGUGGAAUGCUUUUAUCAAC